AUGGCUUGCUUUUUAGGACACUAUAAAUUUCUUAAAUGUAUAAGUACUGCGGAUGAAACAGCAUAUUCGAGAUCCGAGCAUCCGUUAAUGUACUGUAAUGGACACUUCGACGAAAAUGGUGAUCAGAUAACUGUUGGCGCUUGCCUUCCAGCACCGUGCAUUAGUGAUCAAAUUACGUUAAUUAAUGAAUACGCUCGAGCAUCGUUCAAUUUUGGUAAUAAAACAAUGAUUAACCAAAAUAAUAUACAAUGCACAAAAUCGAGAUUUGAUGUAGAAUGCAAUCCACGAACAAUGCUAACAUGUUUAUUCGGCUUACGUUUUCUGGCCACUUUAUGGGUUAUUCUUGGUCAUUCAUCUAUUUUUAUUCAGGAUUAUUUAAACGAUGCGGAUGCUUAUCGAAAAGAUCUCGCCAAUAGUUUUUUUUCUCAAUUUAUAACAAACAGCACAUUAAGCGUUGAUGUAUUUUUUUUAAUCGGUGGCACUCUAGUAUCAUUUCAUUGGUUCGGGAGUGUCCAAAAAGCAGGUACAUUUUUCAGGAAUUCAAAUUUCUAUAGUUGCGCACCAAAAUGGUCUUCAUUCGGUUACUGGUUGUCGUUUUAUAGGCAUCGAGCCAUUCGAAUACUUCCGUUAUAUUUUUAUAGCAUUUCUUUGAUGUCAAAUCGCUUAGCGUUUUCAAAUUUUCAACCCAUUUGGUUCCCCAAUGAUCAGUCGUUUCAAUGCAGUGGUCAAUGGUGGAAAAAUAUCCUUUUUAUAAAUAGUUUAACGGAUAAUAUUUGUAUGCCAUGGACUUGGUAUAUUGGUACUGAUUUCAUAUUUUAUCUUGUCACGCCGAUCUAUUUUUUGUGCUUCCAUCAAUCUUUUUCAAUCGGAAUAGUGCAACAUCGUCUUGUAUAUAUCAAACCACAAUAUCGAAUAUCUCCUUAUAUUAUUGGAUUGAUUCUCGGAUACACCUUAUCGACGCAUCCUGCAGAAGAAAAAAGACGAUUAUCCAAGGCUACUAUAACGGCAGCUUGGAUUUUAGCAAUUAUUUGCGCAUUUACCUCACUUUUCGGUAUUUAUCCGGCGUUUCAUGAAUGGGACUGGCCAAAUUAUUAUUUAUUUUAUGGUGCGUUUCAUCGUAGUAUUUGGAGCCUAUCAAUUGCUUGGCUCGUCUAUGCUUGUCAUAUGGGGUUCGGCGGUUUCAUAAAUCAUUUCCUUAGCUUAAUUAUUUUUCAACCUUUAUCAUCUAUUUCCUACAGUGCUUAUUUGCUGCAUAUGUUUGGUAUAAUUACAUUUUUUGUAACGACGCAAUUUCCGAUAGUUUAUGAUGGAAUUAUACAGACAUUAUUUCGGUUUACUUUCCUACAGAUUCUAUUAACUUAUGCAGCUGGCUUUUACGCUUUAAUUGUUAUUGAAUUGCCAGCGUUGAACCUUGAAAAUUUAUUCAUUCAAAGGCCUAAAAUUAAAUUAAAUAAAAAUGGCCGAGGAAGCCGGGACUCGAAAGAUGAUAAAACAAAGGAACAAUGCAGUGAAUUCGUUAGUCACAAGCCUCGACUUAUCUCAGCUAGUACUAAAUCCCAAGACAAAGAGUAG